AUGGUGCUGUCGUAUCAACGCUUGCAAGAAUGGGGGACCACACUAUCUCAUCUGGGGAGAAGAUUUCUCCGAGCGCUGGGCCUGUAUGCUCUGAAUCUCCUCCGGUACAUUGGUCUCCUCGUGACGGUACGACUGCUGGGAGAAGCCGUGAAGAUGGAGUGGCACGCUCUGUCGACCGCGGAGUUCCUCGUCUCGAGCAGGAUCGUCCACCCGGCCAACAUUGGGCAAUGGAGCAUGUAUACGCACGACCUAGACGGCAAGCCGCCGCGAUAUCGUGUUACUGUGGAUGGAUUGCGGGUGCCGAUGGUUGAGGAACCUGUCACGAUUGAUUAUAGGGACUGGUAUUACAUGGAUGUGACGACGGAGGUGGCAUACUUGCCUGGCAACUUUGAGUCGAUCUAA